UUUGAAAAUCAACCAUUUCCCGGCUUCUUUUUCUGCGCUCUGCAUUCUUCCGCCAUCUCCCUCUCUCUCUCUCUCUCACUGCGAGUCUCCAGUUCCGAGCCGCAACUCGCUAAAGAGCAUAUGACCGUCAUGUUCACGGAAUCCGAAAACUCCUCCUAUGCUCACGAUCCUCUCUUUCCUUGGCUACUGUCCAUCAAGAAGGCACUUGAUAAUAAAGCCUUUGGUGGUGAUCUAAAUAAGCUUCUGUUAGACUGUAUUAGGACUUUCAAGCACAAUGCCCAGUACCGAAACGACCCCAGAUUUCUCAAGAUUUGGCUCCUCUACUUGGAAGGUAGCGAUGACUCUGAAAUUGUUUUCAAAGAAAUGGAAGAGAACAAGAUAUGCAGCGACCAUUCUUUGCUUUAUGAACUGUAUGCGGGUCUUCUUGAAGCGAAAGAGAAUUGGCAGCAAGCACAUAUGAUUUAUCGGACUGGCAUUUUAAGGAAAGCCAAACCUCUUGAAAGGUUGAAGGGUGCACAUGCUUUAUUUCUCGAUAGAAUGUCUCACAGGGUAAAUGGUUGUUCAGUUCAAAAGAUCGAUGGUGAUGAAUCAAUUGGGUUGGUAAAAAAUUGUGUUUAUCCAUGGUCCAACUCCACCAUGGAAGAGCUAUUGAAGAAGAUCAACCCUAAAAUCAUAAAAUAUGAUGGAUACCAUCCAUUUCACAAAGCUUACGCUGGGAAAGUGGACUUGUCUUCUCUGGGAAAUGCAUCCAGAAAUAAGAUUGUUAAGAUAGGUGGAAAGCAGUACCAUAUCAAGGGUUGUGCUGGUCAGGGUGGUUUUGCCAAAGUAUUUAAAGCAUUUGUCAACAGUAAUCCUGAUGAUAUUGUUGCACUUAAGAUACAAAAGCCUGCUUUUCCUUGGGAAUUUUACAUGUAUCGGCAACUUGAUCAGCGGAUCUCAACCAAGCAAAGGUCAAGCUUUGGUUUUGCUCAUGGAAUGGAUGUCUAUUCCGACUAUAGCAUACUUGUGUGCGACUACCUAUGCCAUGGGACACUUCAUGAUGUUAUAAAUUCUUAUUUCGUUAUUGGUAAGUCCAUGGAAGAGGUUUUAUGUAUUUAUUACACCAGAGAGAUGCUCUACAUGCUAGAAACUUUACAUGGUGUUGGGAUUAUUCAUGGUGAUUUCAAGCCCGAUAAUCUUCUUGUUCGCUAUUCCAGGGAUGACCUUACUGAAGAUGGGUUUGAGGACCAAACUGGCUCUUGGGCUGAUCAGGGCCUCUGCCUUGUCGACUGGGGGAAAGGAAUAGACCUGCAUCUCUUCCCUGACGACGUAGAAUUUGAGGGUGAUUGCCGGACUUCUGGCUUUCGCUGCAUUGAAAUGCAAGAAAAGAAGCCAUGGAGAUUUCAGGUGGACUCAUAUGGCCUUUGUGGCGUUGUUCAUCUGAUGCUGCAUAAUUCUUAUAUGGAGAUUGAGAAGAAGGCAACAUCUGAUGGAGGCUACAUUUAUCGGCCUAAAAAACCUUUUAAACGUUAUUGGAACGUUAAUCUAUGGGAGGAACUCUUUUCACAGCUGCUUAACAAUAGCCAUCACAAUGACAAGAAGUUAUUACAGAACUUGAGGGAACGGUUCCAGGAUUACUUGUGCUCUAAUCGUCAAAUGUUAAAAAAACUAAAAGAUUUACUGGCAAAACAAAGGCUUUCCCUGUGUUCUGCUUAGCAUGUUUUCAACCAUUCCUGCAAACUAUCUUGUAGUUGUCAAAUGUAUUUGCAGUUCACACAUUUAGGUGAAAACUCUCACUUUGAAAUACACAUACAUCUUUGGAUCUUGUUUUCUACUUCAUGGUUGAUUGUUCUAACAUUUUAUUUCCUGCGGAAGCCAGUCCAGUGUAGAAAAAGAGCAUGUUAUUGGAGAACUUGCAAGUUGCAAGCAUGAAACAAGCUAUCUUCAAAGUGUUUGUCCCUUUAUCAGGUGCAGAUAUAUGCUGGAAGUACACAUGUUAACUAUGUUGUAAGCUUGUAUCCAAAUUAUCCGCCAAAAUUUCUUGAUCAGGUGUAAAAUUUGCUUUUCUUCCCCGGCAAAACAUUUAUUGUAUGUGAAGCUGCAGAAAGUUUGUUUUCUAUUUUGUUUUCAUGUUUGCAAUGUAAUGUUAUACCCUUCCUCA